AUGUCAGCAACGGCAACGUACACGAUGACCGAGCCGAGGGCUGAGACGCAACACGGCAGCCUCUGGUCUAAUAACUAUGGGAACCCGGUGCAAAUGACGGGCAGGUUUAACCCUCAAGAUCCCUCGGCAACAGUGCCUCCAUCAACAUCAUCACAUCUCGUCCGCCCCAGAAGUCGCCAACACAACAUGGACUAUCAUCCCCAGUAUCAGCAGGGCCGGCCUGGCCAGGAGGAGGGCGACACGUACGACAGGUACCCGCACCCUUCGUUGAUGAGCAUUCCCGGCAUCAACAGCUUGAAGCGCCCCUACUCGCAAGUAGACCAGGCUCCGUACACGGAGAUGGUACAGGACCUGCGAGAAGACUAUAAGCCGGCCAACCACGACCAGAAGCUGUUAUCCUUCAAGAAAGUGGGGGACAAACACACCAUCAUCGACGCCAAGGGCCGGAUCCACGAGAUGGAGAUUGAGGCACAGCUCCACGGCAUGUUUUUCCUAUCCGAGUUUCCCUCAACGACUGGAGACGGCAACGUGCUGAAUGCCGAGUUGACGUGUUACCGACGCAACCUCUUCCAAAUCAGCGGCAGCCUCUGCUUCCCCCAGAUCCCGCUGUCGGUCCUCCUGGAAUCAGGAGAGACGAGCCAGAUCAAGAACAUGGAGGUUAGCAUAUCCGCGAUCGAAUCUGUCGAUGGCCAUCCCGUCCGCUUGAUUGUGAUCCCCUGGAAGACACCGCCCCCGAACGCGCCCGAGGUCAACCAGACACCUGACCAGGAGCCGCCGACUUUGCCCUUGAUCCCGUGGUCCGAGGAGGAAGAGGAGACCGGGGGCGACCACUACGCCAUCUACCCCAUUGGAUGGCGGCGACUGCAGUUCAGGAUAGCGACGGCAAACAAUGGGAGGCGAAAAGAGCUUCAGCAGCAUUUCGUGCUACAUCUCAAACUGCAUGGGACGCUGGCUAACGGCCAGAAACUGGUGCUAUCGGAGCUGACGACGGCGCCGAUUGUGGUGCGGGGAAGGAGUCCACGGAACUUCCAGGCUAGGAAGGAGAUUCCACUGCUAGGGUCAAGUGCUGGCUCCCGAGGGCAGACGUUGGUCGAGACGGGCCACGGAAUCGUUGCCCAAGCAGUCAUCCUGAACAAACCCCCGUACGAUUCCAGACCCCGCGUGUCGAGUCUGGACGUGCCCCGGUCGGCCUUCACCUUCACCGCCCCUAAGCAAAUGCCGCAAAGCCCGAUGCAGAUGAGAUCCAACUCGUAUCCGACGACAUGGAAUCCUCCGAGCCAAGUGUCUAUGCCGCACAACCCCGGAUCAGCCACGUACCCGACGACAACGAUGCCUUCGGAACCUUAUCAGAAGAUGCCCCUAUCAGGAGCGCCAAGCUUCACCGCCGAGCCUCAGGAGAUGCCCAUCCAACCGACGUCCAUGCCGUCGGUACAACUAUCUCUAGUAGCGCAGGAGCAGCAACAACCGCCGAUACGCACGCAGUACGCGACGUACGUACAGAGCACCUCAGCACCCCAACACCUGUCGCUGUCGGCCACGGCCGACAAUUCGCUCAAUGUGCCCCGUUACGUGGACAAUAAUCCGCGGCCGUCCAAGAGCCCGCGCCAUGCCAGUCACCAGUCGGUCGCCAGCUCCAUUUCCAACGACACAGCCUCGGGCGAGUACAGGUAUGGGCCCCCGCCAGUGUACGGCACUAGCGAGAUGAGCCCGCAAUCGCAGCACCCGCCCGCGCAAGGAGCAUCAGCGGCGUAUGGUACGCCUAGCCAAGACACUGCAUCAGCGCCCCCGUCAGCUACAGCGCCGAAUGCCCCACCGCCUCGAGAUUAUUUCCCUCCUUCGCAGUCGUGGACCACGACAGCCGGGGAACCCUCUGCUCCGAGCGUAUCGUAUACGAAUGGUAGUGCCCCAGGCGGCGCGGAUAGACCGUAUGCCUUCCCCAGCGUCAAAUCCGAGCCGCAUCCACCACCGCCAGGGCCGCCGCAGCAACAAACGCAACAGUCACACGGUGCGCCCUCGGCGGGUGGGUUGUAUGGAAGCGUGGGUCAUUAUGCCUGGAAUGCGGCUUGA